CUUCUCGUUCAGCAUAACCAAACCUGCCUCUGGGAUAGUUAGAGCUAAAGAAGAGAACAAACAUUGUGACAAAACUACUAGAAAAGAAAACACCAAGAUGAAGUUCCUUUUCUUCCUGGCAACGGCUUUUGCCUUCUCCGAAUGUUCACAAAUUUUGAUGAUAUUGCCACUUGGAUCUGCUUCCCACAAGAAUAUCAUCACGCCCUUGGCCGAGUCCCUUGGGCAGCGAGGACAUCAGGUCACCAUUGCCUCCCUGCAUGCAGCCUCUGCCAAUGCCUCUCGUUCUUACACCGAUCUUGUGGCUGCUGACGCUUGGAACUCGAUCCGGAAAGUGACGGGAGAAUUUGACGUCUUCAAGAUGAGAGAAGCGAGCGGAGGCAAGAACGUUAACUCACAAGUGAUGAAGAAAGUCAUUCAUCAUCUGCCAGAGUACUGUGACGCCUUCUUGAGAGACCCCGGAGUACAAGACGCAUGGCGCACCAAGCCCGAUUUGAUUCUGCUGCCAGCAUUCAUGAAUGAGUGUGGAUUAGCCCUUGUCCACAAAUUCAAGGUCCCCUUUAUGUACAUUACUACUUCUGGACUCACACCCUGGACUGCUGACCUCCUCGGAAACCCUGAGCAUCCUGCAUAUGUCCCCAAUCAGUAUCUUCCAUAUGGAGACCACAUGAACCUCUGGGAAAGAACAGUGAACACAAUAGUCAGGUUCAUCACCCCAUACUUGCGAAAUCGCCUUGUGCUCUCGCGGUUGGAUGGUGUUGUCCAGAGGUUCUUGAAGGAUCCAUUUGUAUCUCUGUCUGAAGUCGAGAAGAAUGUUUCAAUGGUUCUCGUCAACUCUCACUACUCCCUUGGCUACCCUCGCCCAUUGCUGCCUAACGUUGUGGAAGUGGGCGGUAUGCACUGUCGGAAUGCACGACCUUUGGAAGAUGAGCAGCUGAAACACUUCUUAGAUUCCUCUCCUGUUCCUGUAGUUUUCUUCAGUCUUGGGUCCUCCAUUCGUAGUGAGCAAUUACCUGCUCACCUGCGCAGCGCUUUCGUAUCAGCCUUUGCUCGCCUUCCAUAUCGCAUCGUAUGGAAAUGGGAAGGAGCUCCUAUUCCAGGUCUGUCAGAAAAUGUCUUGACAAGGGCCUGGGUUCCCCAGCAGGACAUUCUUGGACACGAGAAAGUGAGGGCCUUCUUAACUCAUGGCGGAUUACUGUCUAUGCAAGAGGCUAUUUACCACAAUGUCCCUAUGGUUGGCAUUCCCCUGAUGAGCGACCAACACCUGAAUGUGCGUCAGGUAGUCAACUUAGGCAUUGGCCGGGAACUGUCUAUUGAGACCUUGAAUUCCGAUUCUGUCACAGAGGCCAUCACAGCAGUCAUCGAAAACGAGUCGUACCGAAAUCAGGUCCAGAAAAGGUCUGCGCUGUUCAAGAACCAAGAAACGUCAUCCCUAGAUCGGGCGGUCUACUGGACCGACCAUGUCUUGCGUCACGGGGGCGCAGAUCACUUAAGAUCAGCUGCUGCCAACAUGUCCAUCCAUCAGUAUCUUCUGAUUGAUGUAAUAGUCGUACUUAUAAUUGCCGCUCUUGUAUUACUAUUCUGUCUUAAAUGGCUUCUGAAAUCCAUCUGCCGUGCAAUGCUCUUUGCUCUUAAAAAAGCGACCCUAAAAUUGCGAAAGUCAAUGAAAGGUCACUUCCAUGUAGAGUAAAAGAGUAUGUGCUUAAAAAGCCAUAUGAGAUGGAUCUGAAAGCUGAUCUCAUUCCUUGCAAUUAGUACCUGAUUUCAACUUCACUCAUAAUUCACACAUUCAUGGUUUCGUCAUUCACUCGUAAAUAAAUAAAAUGAGUUUCAAAUAAUCAUCCUACAUUUAUAUAUUUUUCUAUUAUCAAGGUUUAUGUAGCUAGUACUGCUUAAAAGAAUUUAUUUUUAUAUAUGCCAAUAUUUACACAAGAAUAAACAAAUUUUGUGA